UGGAGCUCCUGCUGGUGGCAGAGGCGCCAAGGGGCCGGCAGGGCGGGUCAGGUCCGUCGGGGCAGCGCGGCCGCAGCCAUGGGGGGCCUGAAGGACGAGCUGCUCAAAGCCAUCUGGCACGCCUUCACCGCGCUCGACUUGGACCGCAGCGGCAAGGUCUCCAAGUCGCAGCUCAAGGUCCUUUCACAUAACCUGUGCACAGUGCUGAAGGUUCCACAUGACCCCGUUGCCCUUGAAGAGCACUUCAGGGAUGAUGAUGAAGGGCCUGUCUCCAACCAGGGCUACAUGCCAUAUUUAAACAAGUUCAUUUUGGAAAAGGUCCAGGACAACUUUGACAAGAUUGAAUUCAAUAGAAUGUGUUGGACCCUCUGUGUCAAGAAAAACCUCACAAAGAAUCCACUACUCAUUACAGAAGAAGAUGCAUUUAAAGUGUGGGUCAUCUUCAACUUUCUGUCUGAGGACAAGUAUCCAUUACUUAUUGUGCCGGAAGAGAUUGAAUACCUGCUUAAGAAACUUACAGAAGCUAUGGGAGGAGGUUGGCAGCAAGAACAGUUUGAACAUUACAAAAUAAAUUUCGAUGACAGUAAAGACGGCCUUUCUGCAUGGGAACUUAUUGAGCUGAUUGGAAAUGGACAGUUUAGCAAGGGUAUGGAUCGUCAGACGGUGUCUAUGGCCAUUAACGAAGUCUUCAAUGAGCUUAUUUUAGAUGUGCUGAAACAGGGCUACAUGAUGAAGAAAGGCCACAAAAGGAAAAACUGGACCGAGCGGUGGUUUGUGUUAAAGCCCAACAUAAUCUCCUACUACGUGAGUGAGGACCUGAAGGAUAAGAAGGGAGACAUCCUCCUGGACGAGAACUGCUGUGUGGAGUCUCUGCCUGACAAAGAUGGAAAGAAGUGUCUUUUCCUGAUAAAAUGCUUUGAUAAGACCUUUGAAAUCAGCGCUUCGGAUAAGAAGAAGAAACAAGAGUGGAUUCAGGCCAUCCAUUCUACCGUCCACCUGCUGAAGCUGGGCAGCCCCCCACCACACAAGGAAGCCCGCCAGCGUCGGAAAGAGCUCCGGAGGAAGCUGCUAGCAGAGCAGGAGGAGCUGGAACGGCAGAUGAAGGAGCUCCAAGCUGCUAAUGAAAACAAGCAACAGGAGCUGGAGAGUGUGAGGAAGAAACUGGAGGAAGCGGCAUCUCGUGCUGCAGAUGAAGAAAAGAAACGCCUGCAGACUCAAGCGGAGCUACAGACCAGGUUCAGCACGGAGCUGGAGCGGGAGAAGCUGAUCAGACAGCAGAUGGAGGAGCAGGUUGCCCAGAAGUCCUCAGAACUGGAGCAGUAUCUGCAGAGAGUUCGGGAGCUGGAAGACAUGUACCUGAAGCUGCAGGAGGCCCUUGAGGACGAGAGGCAGGCCCGGCAGGAUGAGGAGACGGUGCGCAAGCUUCAGGCCAGGUUGUUGGAGGAAGAGUCUUCUAAGCGGGCAGAGCUGGAAAAGUGGCAUCUGGCCCAGCAGCAGGCCAUUCAGACGACAGAGGCGGAGAAGCAGGAGCUGGAGCAGCAGCGUGUCCUGAAGGAGCAGGCUCUGCAGGAGGCCAUGGCUCAGCUGGAACAGCUGGAGCUCGAGCGCAAGCAGGCGCUGGAGCAGUACGAGGGAGUUAAAAAGAAGCUAGAGAUGGCAACUAAUACGACCAAGAGUUGGAAGGACAAAGUGGCCCAUCACGAGGGAUUAAUACGAUUGAUAGAACCAGGUUCGAAGAAGCCCCACCUCAUCACCAACUGGGGACCCGCAGCAUUCACCCAGGCGGAGCUCGAGGAGAGAGAGAAGAGCUGGAAAGAGAAGAGGACCACGGAGUGACAGCUCUCCCAGUGGCCAGGGCAGGCACAGUCGUCAGUGAGGAGUCCGGCUCCAGGCCCAGGACAAGGACACUGGCUUUGCUGCUUCUAACCAUUCUUCCCUCAGGACUCCAGGGAGUCUGUGUCCCGAGGACGCUGCAUUUACCUUCUAGCACCAUCUCAGCUUUCCUGGGCGAGAACAUAGGCACAGGCGUGCUUAGGGCCACCGCCACUGCCAUCUUCACAGCCCCUGCAGCCGCUGGUCUUGGUCAGCCCCCUCCUCAGGCAGUAUAUUUCCUCCACUGAUCGACUGGUCUGUUUGCCUUUUCCAGUCAGGUGACAUGGCAAGUCACAACAAGUUCCUUGUUGGUGCUCUGACCAGUUACUGCCCUUGUAGACCUGACGGGCUGACGCAGUUGGUGAAGCUCCCCGGCUUCUGUUUCCCUGAGCAUCGUGCACCUGGCACCUGGCAGGCUUCAUUUGCUUUCCCUUCCCCGAACCUCGAGCAGACUGGACCCUGGCCCAGUGUCUCAACCCAGCUCCCUGGUUGUCCUGUCUCCAGCCCCCGUCCAGGAGCGAAAGCACUGUUGACUGAAGUCAGUGGUGGUUGUGUGGACACCGUGGGAAGCUGUACGGGGCUGGUCAGAUGUAGAGUUGUCACAGGAUAACGGAGCCUUGUUUAUCCUGGCUGGGAUUGUGGCUCUCACUAGGACUGUCUGCUUCUCCCUCCUCUGUGGGUGACGCAGGGCAUGGUUUCUGUGCUUCCUGUUUGAGGGUAUUGAGGAAGGUUUGCACCCUAGUCUGGUCUGGGAUUGAGAACAGUAAGUCAGCCUUCUCACGCUCGCUGGAGUCUGUGAGCACAGUGGACGUGGACAGCCACGAUGCUCUACUUUGUAAACAGG